CCCUCCUCCCACUCUCCACUAAACGACUCGGGUUUAUCAGUCCCCCAUAUACACCUGUCUCCUGUCUCCUUACAGCGCUCCACUCCCAUCCUUCAUCCCCCCACACACACCAGACAAGCAACCUGGCUCCAGCGGCGAGCUACUACUAUCUAUCUAUGGUCCAUUUCUACAUCUCCUCUGAUUCAACGGAGAUUCCCUUCAUAUUUCGUCAUUGGCACUCCCAUAUACAGCCCAAUGCCCGCAUACACCACCUGACUGACCGCCUGUCCUUCCUCACUCUUCCCUCGUUCCUUCCUCAGAGAACGAUCGUAUAUGUGAAGCAUUCACCACGACCAAAGCUACUGCCGAGCGACCUGACAACCCCAACAUCCCAUUCUCCGAAUUGAUGCACCACAUUUAGGCACUACCUUUAGCCAAACAUGACGGUGCCGCUCCCAUGUCCGCCAACAACUUCAGCGGCCUGUGACGCCGCUCCCCGCAAACGAAGGAGAAGAGCUCCCGCCAGCGGCGCCGCCGACGACUGCUUCGCCUGUCAUAAACGCAACGCGAAAUGCGACCGCCGCCGACCGUACUGCUCGCCGUGCCUGGAAAUUGGCAACGACUGCUCGGGCUACAAGACGCAGCUGACGUGGGGAGUCGGGGUUGCCAGCCGUGGCAAGCUCCGUGGCCUGUCUUUGCCCGUCGCCAAAUCUGCGCCAGCUGUCAAGAGCCCGCCGACGAGAAGCCACACGCGGCCACGAGCUACGUCCUCCCUCAACCGGUUGGCGGUUGAAGGCCAUGCUGGGGACGAUGAUAUCGAAAUCAAGACAGAGAGAGAAGUUUUUCGGUUGGCCUCGGCGUAUACAAGCUACGACUUCGUGCACAUGAACCCCAAGUCCCCGAACCUGCUGCACUCCCCGGGUCCUAACUCGGAUUGGAGCUCGUCCCAGGAGCACCUUCACGUGAGGAGUGCCACCCCAGCCGAAAACCAGGGACAUCUUCUUCGAAACUCACUGCACCGUCUUCAGCCGCCCAUGAUCAGCUACGGCGAUGACUUGCUAUCUCCAUCCAGUGCCUCGUUCAGCGCGUAUAGUGAGGCCGAAUACUCUCCCAUUACCCAGCCAUUUCACGUGGAGGAUGUGCCCUAUCUGAAUAACCAAAUGAGCAUGUAUGACAGCUACCCACAGAGUUCAUCAAUGGACCACGGCUCCCUGUAUGGGACGUCUGCAGACCACCGAGGGCCGACUUCUUGCCCGGACAUGUUUUAUCCUCACUCGGACGUCAGCUCAAGCCUCAACUCCCACCCAGCAUUGUUCGACAUCUCCGAGAGUCGACGGUUGGCUACGUCGCCAGGCCUGUGCAAUGUCUCUGACGCAGACUAUGACGAGGACGUACUUGGCAUGUCUCAUUCUCAUAGCUCUGAGCAAUUCAUGCCAGGCUCUCACAUUAGCAAAAGCUCGUGGACAUCGGUCCAGGACGAUGACUAUACGCGGCAGCACCAAGAUCUCACGAAUCGCAUACCAGAGUCCCUCAAUAUUGGGCUCCUACCAGAUGUAUCCCCGCGGCUGAACUUCUACCUGAAUUACUACGAGAAGAUUAUCUGCCCCGUAACCGUGGCAAUCGAUAGCCCGAGCAAUCCGUAUAGGCAGCACAUUUUGAGCCUCGCGACAGAAAGCCAAAGCUUACAGCAUGCAAUCUGCGCACUCGCCUCGUGCAAUCUCCGGAUGAGGAGGAAGCAGAGCCUUGGCCAGCACAGUUGGAAUCAGUCAUCUGAAGAGAGACAAGAUUUCACGGGGUCAUAUAACAUCCGACGGCCAUUAAAUACAUCUAGCGCGUCCGAAACGCCAUUAGACGACGCUUCUAUACAAGAGGAGUAUCACCACCGUAGUCUCGCUGUUUCUCUUCUCAAUGCGCAGCUCUUAAGCCCGUCCCUCGCAAAACACGAUGCGGUUCUCGCAACGCUCCUAAUGCUUUGCCACUAUCGCAUGUGCGAAACUGGCAUCGCACAGUUCAGGACCCAGUUCGCCGGCGUGAAGAAGCUACUCGGUAUGCGCUCCUCGGGUGUUCAGACGGGCAACUGGGGUUGGAUGGAGAGCAUCUUUACGUUCUUCGACGCUAUUACCGCGACCGUUAAUGAUCGUGAGGCUCAGCUCCACGGGGGCUAUCUUGAUAUGAUCGCCUCUCCCUGGACCUCUUCAUGCGCACUCGAGAACCUCGCGGGGUGCGACGGAAAGCUCUUCGCCACCAUCGCCAGCCUCGGCCGACUCAACCUCCUCGCACAGAAUCGACCAGUUCUCGACCCCCUCCAAAGCACUCAUACCCCACCGACCCUGAACCCACCCCCGCAGACCUCAGCUCCAAUCCUUACGGAAUUCUACAAGCAAUACGCACAGCAAUUCCCCUCGUCCACAAGUACCUCAUACAUUGAACCUCCACCCAACCCGCCUCCCUCCUCCGACCCACGCAUCCAGUUCUGGACAGAGUGGCGCACGACACGCCACGCGCUGCAGACGUGGACUUUCUCCCCCUCCACCUUGCUCACAUCGCUGCACCCGCUUGUCCCUUCUCCGAAUCAGAUACGCGACUUUGGAUACGUCUCAGAGGCCUUCCGCCACGCGGCCCUACUAUAUACCGAGCGCCUUGCCGCGCCACAUCUGCCUACUGGGCACAUUACUAUGCAGCAGCAUGUGAGCCAGGUGCUUUUCUACGUUACGAGUCUUGGGGAAGGAGCAGGGGAGGGGUGUGAUGCAAUGGGGAAGUUCUUGUUGUGGCCGCUGUUUAUCGCGGGAAGUGAAGCGGUUGGGGAAGUGGAGCGCAAUGUGGUGCGUGAGAGAUGCAGAGGCAUUGCGAGGAGAGGCGGAUAUGGGAAUAACCACGCUGGGCUAGAAGUGCUCGAGCGCAUUUGGGGGGAGAGUGAGGGACUGACGAGACACGAGGUGUUUGCAUGGGAGAAGUGGAUGAGGGAGAUUGAUGGAGAGUUCAUCGUGGUCUAACCUCAGCCAUCGAAGCUUGCGGGAUUCAUCGGUCCACGUUGUGACGGCCUACAUACAAAAAGGGUAGACGAAACAUGGGAAAGCACUCGACCCCAAACAAUACAUAUUGAUUUCCGGCUGGGACUGGGAAUCGGGCGUUUUAUUUUUGGAGAAAUGGUGGGGGCAUGGAUAGGGACACCGGGACUGUGGGGGUUUUGCGGGGGAAUAUAUGUAUGUAUGAGCGCACAUUUCAAUAUACGGACAAACGGCACGGGUUAUGAAUGAUAAUACCUACAUGGAUUCUACUGCCUGUGUGAUUACAGUGGACUAUAGUAAGUGAUUGUGGUUUUGAAGUUGCCCUCGUACACGACUCUCGUAUUACAAGACCAUUACCAUGGGACAAAUGAAGCACGUGAGGUCUUUCUCAAUCAAGACAUACCAAUGCUAGGUAGAGCACAAUCCCAGUCGCCUCACCACCUACCCGC